AUGGGACAAUUACUAGGUCGAUCAAGCGGCGAGACAGAAGCUAACGAUGUGGAGAUGGUUGCUGAGUCUACACGAGCUAGUCCUUCACGCAAACGUAAAACUACCGGUGAUAAUGAGAUGGAAACGAAGAAAAAAAAAAUUAGCAAAUUGGAUACUGCGAAAUAUAUUCAUAAACGAUUAUUCGUUGAUGGUGCCAAGUCGGAUAUAACAAUUUGUGCAUUGGGACGGACAUGGAAUCUCCAUAGACUUUAUUUGGAGCAAUGCAAAUUUUUUGACAGCUUGUUCAGGGGGCACUGGAAGGAUAGCAAUAAUGCAGUUGUGCAGAUUGAUGUUGUCGAUCCGAAUGUCACAGUCGAAGGAUUUAAUAUGGUUUUGGAAUCAUUGUAUCACAAUGAAAUUGAACUGGAUUUAGAGAAUGUUGCAAGUCUUGUCGCAUCAGCUUCAAUGCUCAGCUUGGAUAGUGUUAUAGAGCGUUGUGCUGAAUUAUGUGCUGAAUCACUCACUGAUGAACGAGUACUUGAGUUCUAUGCACUUGCCGAGCAGUACGGUCUUCUGGAUUUAUUCGAAAAGUGUUUUCAAUAUUUAAAAAAUAACUUUUGGCGCUUAUCUAACAAGCCAGAAAUUCUUCAUACAGUCAGUCACGUGACAAUGGUAAAGUUGAUGGCUGCAUCAGAUUUGUUGGUCGUUGAAGGAGAACUUGAUCUGUAUGAAACAAUCAAAAAGUGGAUCUUCUUGCAAGCAGUUCCUGAUGUUGUGGACAAUAAUAAAAUGCGUACUGAGAUGGAGAAAUAUUAUUCCUCAUUGACGGAUAGAGAUAGGGAUGCGUUGUGCCGUGCUUUUGCUGAUAUAACUUGUAAUAUCCGUGUCGGGCAUAUUGUUUCAUCUGUAAAAACGAUCAACGAUUUGCGAAAAGAUCCACUUGUUCCAAAUGAAAUUAUUGAUCAAGUGCUUGCCGACAACUGGUUUUUACUUUUGUGUAAUGAAGAAAUGAAAGAACAAAUCGAAAUUAGAGAUGAAGAUUUCCACCUUAACGCCCAUCGGUUGGGACGAGUACUUGAUUCGGUUCCAAAAUGUUGGCGUUGGUCUGGUUUCAAUUUUGGUGUAGAUCUGCUGCUGAAUUACAAUGAUGGGGUGAUCACUUUGAAGAGAAACUGUUUGUCGCAGUGGACACCUUAUUCUACCAAUUUGAAAUUUGAAAUACUGCUGCAUUAUCGAUUGAUUGUUGGAAACAAGCAUGGUAAAUUUCUGUACGACUCAACCGUAUGUAGUCGUUCUUUUCGAAUCGAUCAGACCGCUAUUAUUGCACGCUUUUUACCAACUGCGGAAGAAUUUCCAAUUGCAGUACACUUUUUUUACUUGGUGACAUUACCCUCAAAGCCUGCUUUGAAAUAUUGGGAGCCAUAUCUAAAGAAAUCUGGUAUUUUUUCAUGUUUGGAUGAAUAUUGA